CGUUCCCGUAGCAACUGGGCCGUGGGGGGGAGAAAGCUGGGACUGUAGCUAGCGGGCGUGUUUGCGACUGUGCGUGUGCCGGGCGGACGCGUCGUGGAGCUUCCAUGAGGAGAAGAUGCUGAACAUGUGGAAAGUUCGAGAGCUGGUGGACAAGGCCACCAAUGUGGUGAUGAACUACUCUGAUAUCGAGUCCAAGGUGAGAGAGGCCACCAAUGACGACCCCUGGGGACCCUCUGGUCAGCUGAUGGGAGACAUAGCCAGAUCCACCUUCAUGUACGAGCAGUUCCCCGAGGUGAUGAACAUGCUGUGGACGAGGAUGCUGAAAGACAACAAGAAGAACUGGCGGCGCGUCUACAAGGCGUUGCUGCUGCUGGCCUACCUGAUCAGGAACGGGUCCGAGAGAGUGGUGACCAGCGCGAGAGAACACAUCUACGACCUGAGAUCUUUGGAGAACUACCACUUCCUCGACGAGAACGGUAAAGACCAAGGCAUCAACGUGCGGCAGAAGGUGAAGGAGAUGGUGGAGUUCGUCCAGGAUGACGACCGACUCCGGGAGGAGCGGAAGAAGGCCAAGAAGAACAAGGACAAAUACAUCGGCGUGUCCUCCGACAGCAUGGGGGGAGUAGGAAGCUUCAAGAACUCCACGGAGGCGGAGCGCAACAAGUGGGACGAGGACUGGGACAAGAGCCGGGCGGCGUUCCCCUUCAGCGAGAAGCUGGGCGAGAUCAGCGAGAAGAUCGGCAGCACCAUCGACGACACGCUCAGCAAGUUCCGCAAGAAGGAGCGAGACGAGUCCCCCGACAGGAUCAGCGACAACGAGGAGGACAGGGCGUCCAGAAACGGUCGCCAGGACGCCCUGGAGUUUAAAGACGAGGAGGAGACGGUGACGACCAAGAGCAUCCAGAUCACGCAGGCCACGGAGACCACCACAACUACCACACGCAAGCGCAGCGGCGGCACCGCCACCAAGACUUUGGACCUUGGCGCCGCCGCCCAUUACACCGGAGACAGGAGCGCUGAGGAAGAGUCAUCCGCGAGGAAGUCGCCCGGCGGCGGUCUGGCCGACCUGCUGGUCAUCGAUCCGUCGUCCAACCAGGGCUCUUCAGCAGGUGGAAGCGCCGACCUCAUCGACGCCUUCGCCGACUUCUCGUCGCCAGCAGCGUCGGCCACUGCGGCGCCGGCCAAUGGCAUCGCUGAAUUUGGAGACUGGAGCGCCUUCUCCAACCCCCCGCCUUCAUCAAGCUCCGCCUCCUCCCAGCCGGUCGCCAACCUGUUUGGCAGCAUCCAGUCGGCCGCUGGCUCCAAGCCUGCCCCUGUCCCUCCCUCGGCUGAGCUCUUUGACCUGAUGGGCGGAGUCAACCCGCCGUUGAGCAACGCCGCGCUGAGCGCCUCUCAGAGUUUGACCUUCACUGUGGGCGGGGCAUCUGUUGCUAUGUCGACCAUGCCGCUGUCUCGCUCCCAGCAGAGUUUGGGAGGUGUCGCGUGUCAGCAGCUGCCCGCCGGGCUUAAGCAACAGGUCGGGAUGGGGGGUCCGGGGUCUUUGGGGUCCACCUGGUCCGACCCGUCGGUCAACAUCAGCCUGGACUUCUUAUCAUCCAGCCACCCUCCCACCAAGUCCCAGGCCACGCUCAACAACAUCCUCCAGCCACAAGGAGCGCCUCCCGUCGCCCUGAUGGCCCAGAACUUUGGGGGACUCAACCUCAGCUCGCCGCCGCAUGUGACCCCCCUCGGACCGCUGGCCGGUCACGUGACCACGGCCAUGACCUCGGGGGCCGUCGGAAUGGGCACGUUUCCGCUUCACGCCGGCAUGAUGGGAAUGAACAUGAGCAUGAAUAUGGGCGUGUCUGCUCCCGCCAUGAUGGGCGGGGUGAACGGCGUGGGAACGCCGGGGAUUCUUCCUGCCAAACAAGAUGCCUUUUCUAGCUUUGGCAAUUUCGGAAAAUGAACAAGUGUGUGUGCGUGCGUGUGUCUGCAGUCAGGACUUGCAUGUAUCUCUGGUGGGGGACCAUAAUGGUGGGUACCAGUCCUUGUUCCAGAACCACAUUUGACUCCACAUCGCCCAGGAGGACUUCACCAACAUGAGCUUCAAAUGCCGCUCCAUCACGAACACGUCUUGAGUAUUUUCUGAACGGCUGCUGCUCCCACUCGGACGUGUUCAGACUUUUCUACAAACACUUUGCCGGUCUCCCUCCUCUCUGUGGACUCGGCAGAACCACACAGACAACAUGCACCAGGGAAGAACGUGGACGUCCCGAUGUGGAUCAGCGACUAGGGCUGGGAAUCUACGGGCCACGAACCAUUCGAUACGAUUCCUGGAGUAAUGUUCCAAUUCAGAUUCUGGUCUCAAUUUAACACAGUUUGAUUAUUUUCUCUAUUUGAAUUAGAUUUUUGAAAAUAAUGAAUUGAUUUAGGAUCGAGAUGAAUAAGAAUCGUGCUUCGGAUGGGAAUAUUUUAUUUUUUUGUGUGUGUGGUGCACUCAAAAACAUCGACAUUAAGGUUGUGAAUCUUUGGGAACGUAACAAAUCGGUCCGUUUUCUCGUGGGUGAUGAUUUGAUUUUGAGUCGAUUCUCGAUUUAACGUGACCUUCAAUUUAAUAAAAAAAUAAAAAAUUAUUUGAAGUAGAUUUUUGAAAAUAACAAAUUGAUUUAGAAUCGGGAUGACUAAGAAUCGCAAUUCGGACAAGAAUUUUUUUUUUUUUGUGCCCCCCUACUGUUAGUACGCGGAUGUUGCACUCAAAAAUAUCGACAUUUAGGGUGUGAAUCUUGGGCCCGUAACAAGUCGGUCCGUUUUCCGAUUCUCCAUUUAAUCCGAUUGUCAAUUUAAUUAAAACAAAAAAUUAUUUGUUUAAAUUUGAUUUUUCUAAAUAAUUGAUUUAGAAUCUUGAUGGAUAAGAAUCGGUAGUCGAUUUUUUUUUUUUUGUGCCCCCUACUGUUAGUACGCGUAUGUUGCAUACCAAAAUAUCGACAUUUAGGGUGUGAAUCUUGGGCCCGUAACAAGUCGGUCCGUUUUCCGAUUCUCCAUUUAAUCCGAUUGUCAAUUUAAUUAAAAAAAAAAUGUAUUUGUUUAAAGUCGAUUUUUCUAAAUAAUAGAUUGAUUUAGAAUCUUGAUGGAGAAGAAUCGGGAGUCAAUUUUUUUUUUUUUUUGUGCACUACUACUGUUAGUACGCGGAUGUUGCACUCAAAAACAUCGACAUUAAGGGUGUGGAUGUUUGGGAACGUAACAAGUCGGUCCGUUUUCUCGGAGGUGAUGAUUUGAUUCAGAGUCGAUUCUCCAUUGAAUCCGAUUAUCAAUUUAAUAAUAAUAAUUAAAAAUUUAAAAAACGUGUUUCUUUGUUUGAAUUUCCAUCCGUCCAUCUUCUUCCGCUUAUCCGAGGUUGGGUCGCGGGGGCAGCAGCCUAAGCAGGGAAGCCCAGACUUCCCUCUCCCCAGCCACUUCGUCCAGCUCUUCCCGGGGGAUCCCGAGGCGUAUAACAAAUUGAUUUAGGAUCAGGAUGACCAAGAAUGGCGAUUUGGACGGGAGUUGAUUUAUUUAAUUUUUUUUUUGUGCAUCCCUACUGUCAGUACCUGGAUUUUGCACUUAAAAUCAUAGACAUUAAUUAAGGGUGUGGGUCUUUGGGCACCUAACAAGUCGGUCCGUUUUCUCGGGGGUGAUGAUUUGAUUCCGAGUCGAUUCUCCAUUUAAUCCGAUUAUCAGUUUAAUAAUAAUAAUAAUUUAAAAAAAGGUGUUUCUUUGUUUGAAUUCGAUUUUUCUAAAUAAUAAAUUGAUUUAGAAUCGUGAUGAAUAUGAAUCGCGAUUAGGAUGGGAGGCGGUUUUUUUUAAAUUUUGUACUCAAAAACAGACAUUAGGAGUGGGAAUCUUUGCACACCUGACAAGUCGGUUCAUUACUGUAUGAUCCGAUUCCUGGGUUGCCGAUUUGAUUCAGAAUCGAUUCUCAAUUUAGCAUGAUUUUUUAUAUAUUUUUUUUAUUUUUCAAAAUUACUUGUCAUCAAUUUAAUUGGAUAUUUGGAUAUAGUACAUUGAUUUAGAAUCAGAAUACAUAAGAAUUGGGAUUUGGAUGUGAAUCGGUAUUUUUUUUUAAUCAUUAUUAUUAUUUGUGCACCCCUACUGUCAGUAGCCAAAUGUUGCACUCAAAAACAUAGACUUUAGUAGUGGAAAUCUUUAAGUACCUAACGUUACGAUUCGAUUCAUGGGGUUCCGAUUUGAUUCAGAAUCGAUUUCAAUUCAACAUUGUUUUCAAUAUAUAUUUUUGUAUUUUUCAAAAUGUGUUCAUCAUUUAAUUAGAUUUAUAAAAGUAGUAAAUUGAUUUAGAGUCAGGAUAAAUAACAAUCGUGAUUUUUUUUGUGCACCCCUAUUGUCAAAACCCGGAUGUUGCACUCAAAAACAGACAAACUGGGGUGUGAAUAUUUUGGGCACUUAACGAUUCGGUCCGAUUACCAUUUCUUAGGUGACUAUUUGAUCGAGAAUUGAUUCGCAAUUCAACACGAUUCUCGAUUUAAAUAAAUUUUUGCAAUUAUUAUUUAAUAUAAUUGUAAUGAAACUUUUUCAAAACGGGCUAGAAAUGCUCCUUCCGGUUGCACAAAUAUGGCUAUUUUUAAUCGAUUUUUGAAAAUUAUAGAUUAAGAAUCGUGAUUCAGAUGUAAAUCGAUUUUUUUUUUUUGACAGAUGGACCCAGAGGUUGUGUAUAAGUGUGCAUGAGUGUGUGUAUUAAAGUGUAUGUGUGUAGACGUGCACACAACUAAGCAGAGCUUGUUGUCACUCUUGAGAGACAAUGUGCUCCAAAUGACCAAAUCUUUAUUUUGUUACUCUCAAAAGAAUGACUCCAUAGAUUUUAGUUUCGUAUUAAUUUACUUCUCUUCAUACAAGAGCGCUACUGAUUACAUUGUUCAGUUGACACAAUCAUGUUUUUUUUUGUAAUUGUACAUUUUCUGUAGUUUGUCCCUCCGUUGUAUUAAAUUAUAACAAUAAGGAGUCAGUAUUGUUUAUUUGUGACUCAUGAACGGCCUUCUUUCAUCUCCGUAAUAUCGAUAAAAUUUGCUCCAUUUUGUCCACUAGUGACGCCGAGAUCAUUACCCAUGCGUUUGUUACGCCUCGUCUCGAUUACUGUAACGUAUUAUUUUCGGGUCUCCCCAUGUCUAGCAUUAAAAGAUUACAGUUGGUACAAAA